CACCUGAUGCAGCCUGACCACCUGAUGCAGCCUGACCACCUGAUGCAGCCUGAUGCAGCCUGACCACCUGAUGGAGCCUGACCACCUGAUGCAGCCUGAGGACCGCCGUUACCAUGGUCACUGUGUAAAAUUAACCGAUCACAGAUCCAUACAUUUCUGCGAUGACUCAAACAACAAAUUGGACUGCACGGUGGUACCCGACCAAUCAUCACGACUGACGUGAUGUCUCAGCAGAGAGCUGAUCCUGAUCCUUAAUCUAGAUGAACCUCUUCUUUAAAGGUCUGAAUCCCGUCCAGUCUUUAUGGAUUCUCUGAUCCAGGUUAGAAGUAUUAGUAGAUGAUAAAAUGUAUUUUUGUAAACAUCUGAGUGUUUUGACUCCUGAAGCUGUGCCUGAUAACCAAAUGAGUUCUACCAACAUGACUUUGCAUGAAAUGCAUUUAAAAGUUACUGCUGAACACAGAGUCAUCUGAGCAGCUGCAGGACUUCAGUCUCUUCACACGAGGAUGGAAAAACUUCUCCUGAGUUUGAUGGCUGCAGCAGGACUGUGUGCCGUUUAUACACAUGUUGGACGUCAGUUUCAUUUUGUGCACGAGCCGAAGAACAUGAGUGAAGCUCUGAGCUACUGCAGAGACAGAUACACCGACCUGGCCUCCAUGGACAACAUGGAGGACGUGGAGCUGCUGAACAGAGAGGCAAAUUUAAGCAGAAUGGUCUACUUAAAAUCCAGCCACCUGGUGUGGAUAGGUUUGUACGACGAAGUGGAGAGCUGGAGGUGGUCACUGUCAGACAGAAGUUUCUACAAACCUGGAGAGAGCACCUUCAGACACUGGUCACCUGGAGAACCCAACAAUUAUCUCAGUUUAGGGCACUGUGCACAGAUGUUAGGUGAUGGACUCUGGAACGAUGUACCAUGUGGGCAACUUCACAAGCCAGUCUGCAGUAAUAUACUUCCUGGAUACAGUUUGGUACAACACUGUGGUCUCUCUUCAGGGUGGAAUGUGACCUUUGUCCUCAUCAACACUAACAUGACAUGGACUGAGGCCCAGAGCUACUGCAGAGAACACCACACUGACCUGGCCAGUGUGAGAAACCUGGAUGAGAACCAGAAGAUAAAGAAGCUGAGCUCAGGAUCCCUGAUUUGGAUCGGCCUCUUCAGAGAGUCCUGGAAGUGGACGGAUGGAAGUAAUUCUUCGUUUAGGUACUGGAAUGAAAAUGAACCCAAUAACAGCGAUGAACCAGAGACAUGCGUGGCCGCUUAUUUAAUAAAGUCAGGCAGAUGGGAGGACUGGCCCUGUCACUACAAGAGAGCAUCCAUCUGCUACAGUGCCGAUCCUGCAGCAACGACAGCUUCUUCUCAAAACGACACCAUCAUUAAAGACGCUUCAGUUUCAAAAGGAGUGGUCAAAGUGAGGCUGGUGAAGAGCUCCUCUGUGGAUAUGAAUGACCCGGCAGUGAUGGACGCCAUGUUGAAGCAGAUCAAACAGAAGCUGAAGGACCAGGGGGUGAAAGGCGACGUCAAACUGAGCUGGAGGAAGCAGACGGACGGGAAGGUGUUCCACAAAGAGGAGAAGAAGAAGAAGAUGAGGAAGAAGAGGAUGAUUACAAAACCAAAAGAUGAGCUGUAGAGUAGUGAAAGAUGUUUUUCAUUGGUCAGUAGCGGAUCAUUCCCACAGUUAUGGUAUGGUACAAAAGACUUCUUGUAUUUCAUUGGUACAGAGGCUGUGAGCGUCGACUGUUUCCUCUUAUAAUAAUCACUUUACUGUAACGAGGUGAUCAUCUUUCUGUAUUAGUAUAGUGUAACUCUUUCUCUUUACGUCUUGUUGAAAGAUCAGAAAGAGUUAUGCAAUUGUUGAAUUUGUUUUUACCAUAUAUGUUCUUUUAUCAUCAUUUCAUUCAUAUGUCAUAUAGUCAUAACUACUUUUUUAUUGCUUUUACAUAUCCUGUCAAUCAUGCACACAUCCGCGGUGUCUAUGCACCUGUGAGGUCAGGAUAAGUCUGCCAUACUUUGAGUUAAACCACAUAGGAACUCGUGAGUGUAUAGCGUUUCUGCGAAUCUGCAUUGUUGAGGUUUUACAGAAUCUUGGAAAAAACAGACAGUUUGGCUCUUUUUCACUUUUUCUAAAGGGCUCCACGUCACUCUGACUUUCAAAUUCCUGUUUUGGGACUUAGUCUCUGAGACCGAGAUCUUUUAAAACAUCAAGUGUCUACACGCUCGGGUUUAAACUUUUGAUUUUGUAUUUUACAUUUUUAUAGUUUUACU